CGAGACUACGAAGUUACACUUGAAUGGGUAAAGCUCGAACAGAAAACCUACGCGAAACGAAAUCGGAUCGGAGGCAGGCGUAACGCAUUGGAGUGGUGUUAUUCGUAUCGGCGGAACCGCGCUCUGAGAUUCUUUUCCCCGUACUUUUGGAUGCUUUUUCCAGAGAGGCGACAUUAGAACGCUGAUAAAUCGCAUGAAAACGACACUCAUGUGAUAUUGUGACGGCUUUAUUGAGAGCAAAGAGACUCGAAAAGUGGAUAGAUUUUGCGACUUUUCAUUUUGGGGGAAGUGGUGAGAUCUGGACUCGGGAGGGGUGAAGUAGAACAGAUUGGAUACCAGUUUUGUGGGAUCUUUUGGUGAGCGAGAGGGGGGCAAAAAUGGCCGAAAGGCGGAGAAGGAGAGGCGAGGAGGCUCCAUCACGAAUACCAGGACUGGUCCAGGUUCUGGUCGUCAUCUGGCUUGGGUCUUUGGCUUGCGAUGCAGCAAACGUGGGAAUAAGUGCUAUGUUCGGACCGGAUACCGGUUACGGCAACAAGUACCGGACCGUGAUCAACGACGGCGUUCUUUACGUGAAUCGAAACCAGACAUUCCUGGGUGGUAUCCACACACUGGAGUUCGUCGACCACGACAAUAUCAUACCCAGCAACUCAACAUACCUGGGGUUACAGGAUGUCUGUCAGCACAUCGCGACGGAGCAGAUCUCGGCCCUGAUCCUGCCGGCUGACCGAUGUCCAGACCACGACGACAUCGCCGGCGUGGUCAGCCACGGUUCCAACCCGGUCUUCUCCAUCGACCAGGGUAACUACGGGUCCGGGUCCAAAGCCUUCAAGCUCUACCCGACCCCCGAAGACAUGACCGAGUUCUACAUCGAUGUUAUGUCCUAUUUCGCGUGGAGGAGUUUCAUUAUGUUGUACGACGAUGAAAGCGCCUUCGCCAACACGGAAGGCUUGCUCGAGUACGCGUCAUCGCAGGAGUGGAACGUGACCAGCGUGGUCCUGGACGAGGACGACUUCGAGAACAACGUCCCCACGAUCGAAGGCGAGAAGACGAAAAACAUCUUCAUCAUCUGUACAUCGGAGAUCGUUCUGCGGACCACUAUUAACCGGGCCAUCGAUCUUGGCAUCAUGGGACCCAAGUAUACGUGGAUGAUCGGAAACUUGGAUUUAGCCAUGGACCGGACAUUCAUGGAGACCCUUGAAGACACCAACGCCUACAUCACCCGCUUCAACAUGAACUACACCCGGGACUGGCAGUACGCCCUUCCGACCACCGGCUCCUCGCAAUUCACGGAAUGGACGUUCCGUGAGCGAAAUGCCUACGACGCCGCCAUCGCCAUCGGCCACGCCCUGAGGAAGUAUCGAUUGAAGAGGGAAGCCGACGGGGUUGUCGGUAGCUCGGUCUUGCCCGGAGAUACCCCCAUGCCGGCGUGUCCGUCGUCACCGUCCAUCGUCGCCACCAACGUGCUCACCAGUUACCUCCAGAAUAUAAGUUUUGAAGGUAUAACGGGAAAUGUAGCUUUCAACGACAUCGGAGACCGCAUCAAUUACACCAUUACCAUCUACAGUGGACAGGGAGAAUCAGUUCAUCAGAUCCGAGGUAUCUGGACCCAGAACGUUGAGCAUUGGGAAAAUACUUGGAACAGAAAAUGGGAAAGCGAAGGUAAACUCAACGUUACGAACUACAACUAUGGAAACGACAGACGUAUCAAGAUCGUUACUAUUGAGUCGGAACCGUUUCUCUUCAAGCGAGAAAACUACUUGGAGCUCCGUCGUGAGCAGAACAGCAUCUUGAACGGCCGGCGCAAGAGACAGAUCCAGACGGGUCCCUACACCGGUAACGACCGUUACGAUGGCUACAUGAUGGACCUUCUGAGCAGGAUCAAGGCGUACAUGCGAGGCAUCGACUUCGAGUACGAGGUUGAGCUCGUGCCCGACGGCAAGUACGGCCACAAGAGCAAGUACAGCAAGAAAUGGGACGGCAUGAUUGGAGAGGUGCUGCGAAAGAAAGCUGACAUUGCUGCUGCUCCCAUCACCAUCACGAAAGAGCGUCUUGCUGACGUCGAAUUCACCGAUUCUUUCAUGAGCGGAGGAAUCAAACUUCUCCUCAAGAAUCCUUACUACAUCGACCACAACCCUUUCCGUCUUCUCCAUCCGUUCGGCAUCGAAGUCUGGUUCAUCAACCUUGGUACCUUCCUCAUCGUCGCCGGUAUUCUCUGUCUCAUCAACUACUUCGACCCGUACGAGUGGAAAGCCGCCGCCGAACGAGGCGAGACCUUCGAGGAGAACGGGCGCACCUUCUCCUGGAAGAACUCGCUUUGGUACUGCACGACCACGCUGUUCCUCCAAGGAUAUGACCGCGGUCCUCGCUCCAACGCAGGGCAUACGCUCACGGCUUUUUGGUGGGUGUUCGUGCUGGUCAUGGUGUUCGUCUACCUCUUCAACCUCCCCGGGAAGAUCAACACCAACAAGCGACUUGUGUACAUCAAGAACGCCGAUGACCUGACCAACCAGGCUGAUGUAAACAUCGGAACGGUGUACGAUGGUUCUAUCCAUUGGUACCUCUUCAAGUCUGGAAUCCCCGCCUACAAUCGCAUCUGGCAAAGGAUGUACCAUAACCCAGCCAAGGUGUACGUCGAGAACACCACUGUUGGUAUUCAGCGAGUCCGAGACAGCAACGGCAAGUAUGCUUUCCUUGGGGAAUCCGGCGAACUGGAAUACGCCGCUAGUCAGCGCCCGUGCGAUCUAAUCGUGAGCGGUGGGUUCGUCGAUCGUAGCACUUACGCAAUGGUGGUCGCCAAGGGCUCGCCGCUGGGUGACCACCUGUCAUAUGCCAUAGAGACGCUUAGAGAUACAGGUGUCCUUGAAGAUCUCCAGAGAGAAUGGUGGGGUUUGGACAGGAACUAUUAUCAACGCUGCAGGAAUCUCACCAGGUACGAGCGGAUGGGUAUGUUCUCUUUCACCGUCAGCGAUUUGGAAGGCAUCUACUUCUUCCUCUUACUCGGCUUCGCCAUCAGCAUCCUCGUCUUCGUCCUCGAGCUCAUGGUCUGUGGAUGCAAGGGGAAGGACGGAAGGACAGGGAACUCGAGCGGUGGUCGUCAGCAGAACGGGAAGCGCACUUUCGGCGGGAUUGGAUCUAGCAAGUCCGGUGGCAAAAAGGCUGCCUCCUCCGGCGGUGGUGGCGUAGGUUCCGGAGGCGGCGGAGGAAAUGAUGCAAACUUAUGGAUUUAACAUUCAUCUAAACUUCAACAAAACUUUCAAUUCAAUCUUUAUAUCGAGAUAUAAUCAGGAUAAAGCAGAAACAUUCCUUUCUCUGUCACAAAACAGUGCCUCAUGUAACAGUUUAGACCUUCUCAGUACUCUCCAUCUGUAAAUCAAGAACUCAUCUGUGCCUUGAUCGUCAAAGUCGUGAACGGUAUAAAGAGGACAAAUUUGUACGCAGAAAAAAAAUGGAACUACUAAAUUAGGCAUUUCAUAAGUGUAGACUUGACUAGCUAUAAAAUUUACAUACCCUACAAUUUACAUAAUUAUAAAGAUGAGACAUAAAUGAUAAAUAUGUUGUAAAAUGAGCAUGAUUAAAACAGGGUUUGAAGAUCCUUUUGCAUAGAAUGGGGAAAACUUUUUAUAGCAAGCAUUGUGGGUGGAAAAUAGUAACUCUUUACUUCCAUGCUAACUAAAUCAAAAGAUUUCCGUUUGAAAUAGUUUCUCGGAAAUUGAAUGUUUUCAAACAAUAAUGAUUAAUAACUACCAAUGAAAUCACCCUGUUUGUCCAUUUAUUUCAUUGUUUCUUUUGCUUAACAUUUGUAUGAAUGUUAUCAUUCUAUGUGACGAAAUGUAGAAUUGGAAAUACAUGCGUGCGUGAAUGAAUAUUGUUAUUGAUAUUGCUCAAAAUAUGUUGUAUAUACUUGUUGUAUUUGUAAUGGCAUAUGUUAAUAAUGAAACUAUAUAGGAACGAUAUAUUAUCAUUAUGAUAUCGUAUUGAAAUGAAUGUACAUUUUGCAAUUUUCUGUUAGUCUGUUGUGAACAAAAAUAGCUUCUUUUAAAAUAAGUAUCGUGUUGGGACUUUCCAAAAUGUGUUUGAUACAUCUACCCCAAAUAUCGUUCAGAUGACUUAUGUUCGUGUUUGAUCGUUUUGUAUAAAAAUAUUGGAAGUAUGAUGAUACUAAAAUGUAAAAUGUAAAAAGGUGCGAGGGUUUUCUAUUUUAUAAAAUACAAAUGUACAAAACAUCA